GGCCUAUUUAUAGCACAAGCUCCACUACCCUUAGUGGUGGUCUUUCCUUCCUUUCUUCUUCCUUCCUUCCUUCCUUCCUUCUUCUUAUAUAUAGCUCUCUGCUUACUGCUAAUAAUUCACUAAAAACCUCCAUAUUGAGCUUUAAUGGAUUCCAAAGGUUAUACCCAGGAUGGCACUGUUGAUCUUCGUGGCCGUCCUGUUCUUGCUUCCAAGACCGGAAAAUGGAGAGCUUGUGCCUUUCUUGUUGGUUAUGAAGCAUUUGAAAGAAUGGCUUUCUAUGGAAUAGCUUCAAAUUUAGUGAAUUACUUGACAACCCAACUUCAUGAAGACACAGUUUCAUCAGUCAGAAAUGUGAACAAUUGGUCAGGAUCAGUUUGGAUAACACCAAUUCUUGGUGCUUAUAUAGCAGAUACUUACAUGGGUAGAUACUGGACUUUCACUGUCUCCUCUAUUUUCUAUGUCAUGGGAAUGAUACUACUGACAAUUGCAGUUUCACUAAAGUUCAUGAGACCAACAUGCAUAAAUGGAGUAUGCAACAAAGCUUCAUCUUCACAAAUUGCAUUCUUUUACUCAGCUCUCUAUAUUAUAGCAAUAGGAGCAGGAGGUACAAAGCCAAAUAUAUCAACUUUUGGUGCAGACCAAUUUGAUGAUUUUAACCCAAAUGAGAAAAAGCUCAAAGUCUCAUUCUUUAACUGGUGGAUGUUUAGCUCCUUCUUAGGAGCUUUAUUUGCCACUCUUUGCCUUGUUUAUAUUCAAGAGAACAUGGGUUGGGGUUUAGGGUAUGGUAUCCCUACAGUUGGUCUUCUUUUGUCUCUAUUUAUAUUCUAUUUAGGUACUCCACUGUACAGGCACAAAGUUAGGAAGACUAAAAGCCCUGCAAGGGAUCUAGUUCAAGUCCCUAUUGUUGCUUUUAGAAACAGAAAGCUUCAGCUCCCUAAUGAUCCCUCAAAUCUUCAUGAGUUUGAUCUGCAAUAUUAUAUUGAGAGUGGAAAACGCCAAGUCGUUCACACCCCAGUUUUCAGGUGGUUAGACAAAGCUGCAAUAAAAGAAAGCAACACAAACAUUGCAUCAAAUCAACGAUGCACAGUGACUCAAGUAGAAGCAACUAAGCUUGUCCUUGGGAUGAUACUAAUAUGGCUAGUGACCUUAAUUCCCAGCACUAUAUGGGCACAAAUCAACACUCUUUUUGUUAAACAAGGCACUACAUUGGAUCGUAGGCUUGGCCCUAACAUCCAUAUUCCAGCUGCUUCAUUAGGGAGUUUUGUAACACUCUCUAUGCUUAUCUCCGUUCCAAUGUAUGAUCGUUGCUUCGUUCCUUUUAUGCGUAAAAAAACAGGAAACCCUAGAGGAAUCACAUUGCUUCAAAGGCUUGGAAUUGGUUUUGUUAUUCAAGUUACCGCUAUUGCAAUUGCUUAUGCAGUUGAAGUUAGAAGAAUGCAUGUGAUAAAGCUAAACAAAAUUAUGGGUCCUAAAGAAAUUGUCCCAAUGAGCAUUUUUUGGUUAUUACCUCAGUAUGUUCUACUAGGUGUGGCUGAUGUGUUUAAUGCCAUUGGAUUGCUUGAAUUUUUCUACGAUCAAUCUCCUGAGGACAUGCAAAGCCUUGGAACAACCUUCUUCACUAGUGGAAUUGGAGUGGGGAAUUUCUUGAACAGCUUUUUAGUAACAAUGGUGGAUAAAAUCACAGGAAGAGGAGGACGAAAGAGUUGGAUUGGCAACAAUUUGAAUGAUUGCCACUUGGAUUAUUAUUAUGGGUUCCUAUUGGUUAUUUCUACUCUUAAUUUAGGAGCCUAUUGGUGGGCAUCAAGUAGGUUUAUUUAUAAGAAGGAAAUUAUAAAAGUGAACGAGGGUUGUGUUACAGUGGAAGAUAAGACUUUGGACACGUCUCCUCUAGGGUUACAAGUAUAAUUAAUUUACUUAAUUAAGAGAUUAAAAAAUAUAAUUGAUACUUCCUGUAAUAUAUGAGUGUUAACUAGUUUCUUGUUUUGUUGGUUUUAGUUAGUUAGGUUGGGGACAUAAUUAAUUAAGUUCCACUUGUCAUUAGGGUUUUCUAUAAAUAAAUUUUCAAGUUCCCUAAUU